GGCAGUAGAUGAAGCCGCUCGGUAGACCAAAACCAACAGAGAAUGUUGACGGGGCCAGUGGCCGUGGAGCUACUGUUGGUUUAAUAAUUAAAACAUCAGGCAGAAUAUACACAAACUGAUGGGACAAUUGUUGUGUGAUGGAGAGAGAUUUCUGUUUGUAUGACGCAUACAUGCGAAACGGAUGCGUUGUGUAAUACAUCGAAAUAUUUGUCGAUGGGGAGGAAUAUUAAUGGUUCGAGAGAUUUUGUCGGAGAAGCUAGCUAACUUUGCUAGCACGCUUAGCUAGCUAGCCGCUAGCUACCUGCGUUUGAGGAAAUUCUGCGAGGAUGCUACGUUGGAUACGGCAACAGCUGGGCUUUGACCCUCCCCAUCAGAGCGACACCAGGACGGUGUACAUCGCCAACUGCUUUCCCCAACAUGGCCAUUAUAUCCCUCAGCGCUUCGCUGACAACCGCAUCAUAUCCUCCAAGUACACCAUCUGGAACUUUGUGCCCAAGAACCUGUUUGAGCAGUUCAGAAGGAUAGCCAACUUUUACUUUCUCAUCAUCUUCCUCGUGCAGCUAAUGAUUGAUACACCCACUUCUCCAGUAACAAGUGGACUUCCUCUAUUCUUUGUCAUCACAGUAACAGCCAUCAAGCAGGGGUAUGAGGACUGGCUGCGGCAUAAAGCGGACAACGAGGUCAACGGGGCUCCGGUGUUUGUGGUCCGCAGCGGCAGCCUCGUGCAGACGCGCUCCAAAAACAUCCGAGUUGGGGACAUAGUGAGAGUAGCCAAAGAUGAGACGUUCCCGGCGGACCUGGUGUUGUUGUCGUCGGACCGAGCGGAGGGCACCUGCCACAUCACCACGGCCAGCUUGGAUGGGGAGACCAAUCUGAAGACCCACUUUGCGGUGCCAGAGACAGCCGUAUCCCAGUCGGUGUCCAGACUGGAGGCCCUGCAAGCGGUGGUGGAGUGCCAGCAGCCCGAGGCUGACCUGUACAGGUUUGUGGGCAGAAUAACGGUAACACAGCAAGGAGAGGAGAUUGUAAGACCAUUAGGACCAGAAAACUUACUGCUAAGAGGAGCUCGGCUGAAAAAUACCAAAGAAAUAUUUGGUGUUGCCGUGUACACGGGCAUGGAGUCCAAGAUGGCGCUUAAUUACAAGUGCAAAUCACAGAAGCGGUCAGCAGUGGAAAAAUCCAUGAACACAUUUCUCAUCAUCUAUUUGGGAAUCCUACUGUUCGAGGCCAUCCUCAGCACCAUCCUCAAGUAUGCCUGGCAAGCUGAAGACAAGUGGAACGAGCCCUUCUACAACCAGAAGACUGACCUGGAGAGAAACAGCAGCCAGAUUCUGAAGUUCAUUUCGGAUUUCCUGGCGUUCCUUGUGUUGUACAAUUUCAUCAUCCCAAUAUCACUGUAUGUCACUGUGGAGAUGCAGAAGUUCCUGGGCUCAUUUUUCAUUGGCUGGGAUUUGGAUUUGUACCAUGAGGAGAGUGACGAGAAGGCGCAAGUCAAUACCUCAGAUCUCAACGAGGAGCUUGGACAGGUGGAAUACGUGUUCACGGACAAAACUGGAACGCUUACUGAAAACGAGAUGCAGUUCCGAGAAUGCUCCAUUAAUGGGAUCAAAUACCAGGAGAUCAACGGCAAGCUCAUCCCAGAGGGAGUGACUGACGACUCACCAGACGGCUCCAUCCCUCAUCUGAUCCGUGAGGAGGAGCUGUUCCUGAAAGCAGUCUCGCUGUGCCACACGGUGCAGAUCAGCUAUGACCAGGCGGAUGGUUUUGGCGAGCCGUUCUCCCACACUAACGGCUUCUCCCAGAUGGAGUACUACGCCUCCUCACCUGAUGAGAAGGCGCUGGUGGAGGCCACCAAAAGGAUGGGGGUGACAUUUAUAGGGAGCAAUGGAGAAUACAUGGAGAUUAAGACAUUUGGAAAAGCUGAACGAUAUAAACUGCUCCAUGUUUUAGAGUUUGACGCAAACAGAAGAAGAAUGAGUGUGAUAUUGCAGACACCCUCAGGGGAGAAAGUGCUGUUUACCAAAGGAGCGGAGUCGGCCAUUCUUCCCUACAUCAAGAGUGGGGAGCUGGAGAAGACCCGAGUCCACGUGGAUGAGUUUGCGUUGAAGGGUCUGCGGACGCUGGUGGUGGCGUGCCGGCACUUCAGUGCAGAGGAGUACAAGGAUGUGGACCGGCGUCUGCACGAGGCGCGCACGGCCCUGCAGCAGCGCGAGGAGCGCCUAGCCGACGUCUUCAGCUUCAUCGAGCAGGACCUGGAGCUGCUGGGAGCCACUGGCGUCGAGGACAAGCUGCAGGAGAAGGUGCAGGAGACCAUCGAGGCGCUGCGUCUGGCUGGCAUCAAGGUGUGGGUGCUGACCGGCGACAAGCACGAGACAGCAGUCAGCGUCAGCCUGUCCUGCGGUCACUUCCACCGCACCAUGAACAUCCUGGAGCUCGUCCAGCAGAAGUCCGACAAUGAGUGUGCCGAGCAACUCCGCAGACUAGCCCGCAGGAUCAAAGAGGACCAUGUGAUCCAGCACGGGCUGGUGGUGGACGGGGCGAGUCUGUCUCUGGCUCUGCGGGGGCACGAGAAACUCUUCAUGGAGGUGUGUAAAAACUGCUCCGCUGUGCUCUGCUGCAGGAUGGCCCCCCUCCAGAAAGCCAAGGUGGUGCGUCUGCUGAAGACUUCGCCGGAGAAGCCCAUCACUCUGGCCAUCGGCGACGGGGCCAAUGACGUCAGCAUGAUUCAGGAGGCCCAUGUUGGCAUAGGUAUCAUGGGGAAGGAAGGCAGGCAGGCGGUCAGAAACAGUGACUAUGCAAUCGCAAGAUUCAAGUUCCUUUCCAAAUUGCUGCUUGUGCACGGACACUUCUAUUACAUAAGAAUAGCUACCCUGGUGCAGUAUUUUUUCUAUAAGAAUGUGUGUUUUAUCACGCCCCAGUUUUUAUACCAGUUCUUCUGUCUGUUUUCACAACAAACUCUUUAUGACAGUGUCUAUCUGACACUCUACAACAUCUGCUUCACCUCGUUGCCCAUCCUGGUCUACAGUCUGUUUGAGCAGCUGGUGCAUCCGCACGUGCUGCAGAGCAAACCGGCAUUGUACAGGGACAUCAGCAAGAACUCCAUGCUCUCCUUCAAGACGUUCCUGUACUGGACGCUGCUAGGCUUCUGCCACGCCUUCGUCUUCUUCUUCGGCUCCUACAUCCUGAUGGGCGAGGACACCACGCUCCUGGGCAACGGCCAGAUUUUGAGAGCUAACAGACAACUGAUGUUUGGAAACUGGACGUUUGGAACAUUGGUGUUUACAGUCAUGGUCAUCACCGUCACACUGAAGCUGGCCCUAGAGACCCACUUCUGGACAUGGAUGAACCACUUUGUCACCUGGGGCUCCAUUGCGUUCUAUUUCAUCUUCUCCUUGUUUUAUGGGGGCAUCAUCUGGCCCUUCCUCCACACGCAGGACAUGUACUUUGUCUUUGUCCAGCUGCUGUCCAGUGGCUCCGCCUGGUUCGCCAUCAUCAUCAUCGUGACUGGUUGCUUGUUCCCUGACGUCGUCAAGAAGGUUCUCUAUCGGCACCUACAGCCCACCAGCACCCAGAAGUCUCAGCUUGUUGAGGCCCAGCAGGGCUCAGUCAGCUGCCUGGACUCCUUGUGCUGCAUCGGGUCGGAGGGGCAGGAGGGGCCGGGCAUCCGUGUCCGGCUGGGCAGGCUGGUGGAGCGGCUGAUGGGCCGCUGUGCGCCCCCCAGGGCCGGCAGGUGCGACCUCUCUCUCUCUAGCCUCUGCUGCAACCGCAUCGGCUACAAGCUGGAGCACGACGAGGCACCCACGCUCGGAGACUGAGCUCCCCUCCCAGUCCACACACACAUGCAGAUAUAUAGACAUGUAGUAUAAAGUAGAGGCUGUCUCAGAGCUACUUUUGUGCCAAUAUGCUCUACAAGCUCCUACCCCAACCCCCCCCCACACACACACACACACACACUUUCUGGUGAAAACUUGCUUGGUCAAGGACUUCUCAGCCCAACCUCAAAGAGCAGCACUCACACACAUUGGGUUUGUUGACUGGGUUCCCCCUCAGCACGCCUCCGCACGCCACACACACAUUCCUUAAGAGCGGGGACCCAGCCCCCCGUCAGCACCACGCGUACCCUGUAGCAGAAAGCGGGGCCCGUUUCGGAGCCCUUAUUUCACAGCCCUUAUUUUUUUUAUAAAAUUAACCUCUGAGGAGUUUGGCUAAAAAGCUGGAGAGCUGUGCUGAAUGGGGAUGCAGUGUGCUACUAACUUUACUAACUUGCCUUCUGAGUGGUGUCCCUUGUGUUGGUUUUGUAUGUCCUCAAUAGCUUUUAAAAUAUUGUCUGCUCGGCCACAUCCAUACAUAGGCUUAAGCUGGGGCCAUGCAUGCACCACUAGUAUCUUUUAAAAGUUUCUGUAAUCCUCUGUCUGUAGUCCUGCCAAAUGUGUCUUUGCCUGCCCUGCACCUUCUCGCGAAGCCUGAGGUCUUUUUUACUGCUGCCUUUCUUGUGUGCCUGGUGUAUUUCAGCCUGUUGAGUUUUAUCGUUAAUAGCCACUUUGUCCUGUGCUCAGAGUCCUGUUCUGCAGGUCUUGCGCCUUUGUUAGAUGCUAAAUGGGUCUCUGUGCCACAGAAUGUUAUGGUCCCACGUUGGUCAGACUGGCCACUAUGAAUGACCAGGCUUGUGUGUGGUCAGCCAUGCAAAUGUAAUUGUGGUGAAAUGCACAGCGCUCAGAUGAGAACCAUGACCCCCCCCACCACCCCACCCUGUCUGCCCAACCUUCCCAAGUGUGCCGCUUUGUGUGUUUGUUUUGUAUGUAUUUCUAUGUGUGUGUAUUUGUCGGGUAGGGAUGCAUUUCCCAGUCUUUUGCCAAAGUUCCAUAGUGUUGCGUCUCUGACGGCAUGCACAUUUGAUUUCCACAGUGUUGUGUCUCGAUGACAGCAUGCACAUUUGAUUUCCACAGUGUUGCGUCUCGAUGACGGCAUGCACAUUUGAUUUCCACCUUCGGUCUCUCUGGCUUCAAUGUUGCUUUUCUUACGAUUGCACUGUCCACUCUGCUGGAAUGCCAAUGGCCGCUGACGGUUUGCGCUCCUCUAGCUGUUACACGAGAUGAGACAAGGCCCUCACUGGAGCUUGCCACGACUCUCACUGAACAAAACCAUAACAACGCGGUUCCAGCCUUACUGCUAGAGCACUGCCACUGUACAGGCGAGGAAGCAUGUUGCCCGUAGCAACAGCAGCCAAGCAAAGACGCCUAAUCUGGAAGAUGAUGUUCUGUAGGGAUUCAUUUCCCUCAGCUCCCCAAAAUCCUAGUGUUCACCAGGGGAGCACAUUAUCAGAGAGCACCGGAGGAGGAGCUAUUUUUAGAGACAUGGGGAAACUGUAGAUUUCUUUUGAAAUGACCAUUAUAUACAUUUCGCUUGUUUAUUUUGUUUUUUACCCGCAACUUGAAGCCUUACCAAGAAGAUGAACAAAUAUGCCUGACCUUCUGCAUGAGAAAUGCCUUGGGCGUUUUUGUAUGCGGUUUAAUCAGUGUGUGUGUGUGUGUGUGUGUGUGUGUGUGUGUGUGUGUGUGUGUGUGUGUGUGUGUGUGUGUGUGUGUGUGAGUGUGAGAGAGAGAGAGAGAGAGAGACUGUGUGUGGGUGUUUUCCAUCAAAAUUCUCCUGGUCACUCUGGUCACUCUAACCCCCCCCCCCCCCCCCCCCCCUCGUAUGUCUUCCCUUUUCCUUUCCCUAUACUGGUAGAGGAGCCAGGAUCCAAUGUGUGAGUGGGCCACGACCGCUGACACCACACACACACACACACACACACGCACACACACACGCACUCUCACACACCACUGCACUUUGUGUCACCGGGCUCUAUGCUGGACAGAUGGGAUCAGUCUGCAUCUGUUGUUUGAAUCAAAUUUAUUGCACUGCUUGCGUUGUUUGCUCUUGCUUCUAUGUCCUGGCUGUUCGGGUGAUGUUCUAUUUGGUAAAAUCAUCAUUGCUGUUUCCUGGUACGAAAAAACACCUCAUACAAAGUUUGAUCUUUCUUUUCUUUUCCUGUCUUUUUCCCCUGGCUCUUUCUCUCUCUACACUGCAGUCUAGCCCUUUGCACCAAGCUCUUAAAACGGUUGUCUGUAGUGGCAAACAUGACAGAUGACAGAGUUGUUGCAUGCUGCUGUUGUUGAAUGGUCGUUAUUUUGCCCCGUCGCUGUGGCAGGCGGGUGCAUAUGGCCACGCACGAGGCAAAGCCCAAAGACGAGCAUCCUAAUCCCCACGUCCACUCCACAGUCUUUUCAUUGCCAGAGAAUGCAUGACAUCACUCUGCAGAGAAGCUCGAGCGAGUCUCACACUCACACACGCCCCCUGGAGGUCCAUGUAGUAAUGUACACUCUCAGUAGAGUAUGCGACAGGCUAUGUGCCUUCUACUUAUGUACAUCUUCCCAUGUACUCAAAGCCUGUCACAUAGGACGUAUAUUUGGAUGCAGAUUUUAUACUAUAAUACUACAGAUGUAUAUCCCCUUAUAUUUCAAAUGCAUUAGCUAUUUUUGUUAGUUAUUAGAUCUAAUCUAUGAGAAAAAGUUAAUAUACAGUAUAUCAGAUGUAUUCUAUUUCAUAUACUACUACUUGUAGAGAUACUAUAUCUGUAUUGUACUGAAGUGGUCUUCAGGAAUGUAGCAUAUAUGUUGUGACAAAGGAAGCUUUUGCUACUGUGUGUUCAGCUCACUCAUGUUGCCCAAUUCUGUACUAACAUCUUUCCUCAUGUUGCCCCAUUCUGUACCAACAUCUCUCCUCAUUCACCACCUGCUUUUGGUUUGUCUGGAGCGCUGCAUGCUUGUGGUCUCUCACAGGUCUAAUCGUUAGGGUCGAGAACCAGUCAGUGCUGCAAUGGCUUAUGGGUAGGGCAGCGAGGUAGAGAGAGACUAGGUCAGGCUACUGCUGCUAUCACUGUGGCUCAGGCUGCAGGCAGGUGCGAAACCCCAACCCCCUUACCAGACAUGCCAGCCAGUUAGCCUUGAUGCCACUCUGUCUGUCCAGGCCGGAUAGGAAAGUCAGUCAGUCAGCAAUGUCAGUAUUUGGUUCACACACACACACAACAGGGAUUGAGCAGCAGGUGCACUUUAGCACUUUAGCGUUUCCAGUGUUCUGUGCAAAGCUUUAGGUAAAACACACACACACACACACACACACACACACACACACACACACAGACCUAUCCCAACUGCCCCUGCCUGAGCCUCACCUGUCCUCACUUGUCCUUGAUGCUUCCAGAUCGUGGAACAACUCGGAUCCAUACUUCUCCAACGACAGGAGCAUCUUGACCCUCUCGCCCAUGGAGGCCAGUCAUUACUAGUGCCCCGGAGGGAGGCCUGUAAGCUUGCCCAUGCCAGCCUGCAGCGGGCGCUGUGCUGCGCUGCCCAGUGUGCCCGGACCAGGGCUGGCCCCUUCAGCUAUCUCACCAGCCUCACUCACACCUGAAGAAUGUGAGGCCCUCUGAGGCUACACCACUAGGGAAAAAAACAAACAAACAAAAAACUAUUAACACACCUCUCACUAACCGAUUUGUGUAAAUAAAGCAAGGGAAUCAUAAUGGCACAGAAGACCAAAGGAUUUUGUCUCAACUAGAGAAGAGAGAGUGUGUGUGUGAGGGAAAGAGUUACUGGAGAUUGUUUGUGUUGCUACUCUAGGUUACUGCUGCUUCCACAAAGUGACUGAUGGGCUGUAAUCUUUCCUGAGGAAAGUACUGUAGACAGCCUGUUCUUUUUUUAAAAAAGCCAUAUCUUCUGUGUUUUUGAAAUACCUGAUUUUUCAAGGUAUGAAAUGUGAGCGCAUUUAGCACUCUAGUUGGGCAGUUUCCUUGGAGUCAGCCCACGAGAAGCCCACCUGAAACUGUGCCCCAAAUAUGGCUUUGGUACGCCGAUGGAAGAAUGUCCCUCAUAGCUUCCUACGAUACUCUACAUAUCAAACCUGACUAUGGACCUAAAAUGAUGUGGCCUGCACAUUUAUGUUUAUGAUUUUUGUUUUCUUUGUUGUUUUGCAGUCUAUUGUGCAAUGCAUUUUCUUCUCAUCUAAUCAUCAUCUGUCAUCAUUCUAUUAACAUGCUGUUUCUGUGUGCUUCUGUUCUGGUGUUUCUCUUGGGUUACUAACCACGUGUUGACUGUGGCGUUUGUGUGUACUGUUAAUCCCAUUGCAAGAAGGCAGCAACUAGCUGAGCUCGAUUUUAACCUGCCUUCUCCCUCAUCAGCCGUGGAGGCCUUGAGGUCCAAUCACAUCCUUCAUCUUGGUGCACCAGGCGAUUAGUAGAUGGUCAUUGAGACAACCGUUUUAAACUUGCUAUCGUCACAGUAACGUCUCUUUUGAUAUCAGUAUGCAUGCGGAAAUACCCUUGAUGAGCCAAACUCGAGGUAUACGAGUACUGGCUGUUCUUAAGAGGGGGAAAAAAACCUCAUCCUCGGGUGGGUUUUGUGAACUCGAUCAUUAUGAUAUAGUCAGUCAUGACUGACACCUGGGAGCUGUACUGAAUCUCUCUUCAGAAGACACUUGAAUUUUGUGGCACCUUAACAGUACCUUGACGAUGUUCUAAGCAUGACCACGAGCCCUCAGAGAGGUAGCUGAAGUGCCACUGCUGAAGGACUUGCAUAUCUGAUAAAAGUAUUGUGCUAUAUACAGACAGCAUAAUUUUCUACUGAGGUACGCUUUUGUUGUUUUACAUUAAUUGGUACAUAAAAAAAUGUCUGCACAUGCAUUGCAGGUGUGAUGUCCAGGGCAUCAAAUCAUUUUCUCCAAUCACAGAUUGUCACUUUACAUAAACGUCAUCAGUUUGGUCACAUUGUCGGGCCAUGUGUGCUACAUGAUUAAUAUAUUUAUUGUACACCUGUUAUGUAGCAACAUAUCUGGUCUUGCCCUAAAUGACUCAUUAGCAAUAAAAAAUAAAAAAAAUCAUCUAUUGAUACAUGGGAAUACUUUGGGUCUAGCUGCAAUGUCAACUGGCCACUUUCCUUGUUUGUUUCAACCAUGUCGAGGAAAAAAGAUAUAAGAUCAGUUGCUGUUAUUGUACGCUCCUGGCAAUGAAAGUGAUGAAUUGCUGAUGUUUAUGAAAACAGUUCUAUUUACGGAAUAAAUAUGUCUUUUUUAAUAUA